AUGGAAGUCCUCCGCGAAGCACCGAAUACCUCCUCAUUCAUACCUCUUGCGGAACAUCAGUCGCGAACGCCUGCCUCGUUCUACUCUGGGCCGCCAAUUCUACACCACUUCAGCGAAAGAUGUAAAGUCGUCAUCCUCGAGCGUGACUUAUUGGCGUCUCCCGCUUUGAAUAAUCUACGGUCGUCUGCUUCUACGGAUGCUUCGAAUGGCGCGACGGAGGGAGUACGCGGUGCCGCUGUUGGUACAGCAGAGGAUGAGGCAAUGGUAGAUGACAAGGAGAUAUCAUUCCAGGGAGUCAGUGUCUGGGUUACUUCUGAGAAACUACUAUUGUUUUCUAGUGAGACAUCCAGCGGUGUCGCGAUCCCAUACCCAUUAAUAUCUUUACAUGCGAUCCAACGACUUCCCUUGCCCAAUUCCUCCGAUAACGAUUCGGUGCAAGGCCUUUACAUGCAGCUGGCUACCACUAGCGGAGGAGACGAGAAUAUGGACGAGGAUGUGGACGAGGAUAGCAUUUCGCUUACAAUCAUUCCUCUGCCUACUCCUUCCGCCCAACCUACCGAUCAGGAAACGUCAGCUGAAGAGGAAGAUAAAAAGACUCAGUCCCAAAUUGAGGCUCUCUUCGAAGCUGUAUCUGCCUGCUCAAAUCUCCACCCAGAUCCUGUCGAUCACGAUGAUGAAGACAGAUACGAAGAUGCGGACGAAGGUGAGGAAUUCCACCAACAGCUCCAAGGUAGUGCCUUGUUUCAAAAUGGUCUGAUUUUUCCUGGAAACAACACAGGUGGCCUACCUCCAGCUCUACCUGGAAGUGGCGGCUGGAUCACAGCGGAGAAUGCUCACGAGUACUUCGACGAAGACGGAAACUGGAAAGGCGGAGAAGAGGCUCCUUUGGGUGCGGGAGCGGGUACCGUAAGACCACGAGACGAUGAUGAUGAAGGAAUGGAUGAGGCCGAUACCUUGAACAACGAGAACGGAACGACUGGGGACGAAGCGAAAUGGCGAAGAACUGAGUGA